AUAAGGGUGUAGACUCUGACUCUUUUUCGCGCGCAUUCUCAAAACAGACCUUCGGAUUUUGUGGCACCGAUUCCGACGCAGCUUCCAGGCAACAAGACCAUGGAUAUCCCAGCGGAACCGCUCUUCCCGCCGGAGGUCUGGGAGCUCAUCUUCGCCGACUGUCCCUUUCCGGAUCUGAAACGGUUCCGCUUGGUUUGUCACCGGUGGAACGCCAUCGUCCUGGGUUGCCCGGCGUUCCGACGUCGCUGUCGUGGUCGGUUCUGCAUGGCCGAGCUUCGCGAAACCCGCGAUCCGGCCCGUCGGCCGCUGACAAACGGUAAUAUGACGUUCCGAGUGGUCGUCGUACGUGUGAACAACGACUGGUCCGAGUUUGGCCAGUACCUGGAGGAACUGUUCCUCAACGCAUGCGUCGCUCCCGUCGGGAUGUUUUUCCGGAUGCUGCGGUGCUGUCCGAAUUUGAAGCGCUUGAAGAUGCAGGCGACGGGAUUUUUGGAGGGAUCUGUCGACAACGGGUUCCAGCUGGAAUCGAUGGAGGAGUUCGACGUAGCUUGCUUGUACCCCAAAAGCGACUGGACACGUGCCUCAGUUAUUGACCUGUUUGGGCCAGUCUUUCCGCGGUUGAAGAUCUUUGCGUUAAAAUGGAUGGACCAUUUCAAGAAAGCGGACCAAAAGAACCUGAUUCGAUUCAUUCAGAACGUCCAGGGGACAUUGCAAAGCCUCAGUCUGGAGUACAAAGCCAACCUGCUGAAGGAGUUGUGCGCAAUGAACCAGUUGCACCUGAAGCGAGCAGCGCUCAACAUUAACAUCGUAUCGCCCUCAUGGAACAACGCGCUCUGGACAAGGUUCUGCCAGGCUCAACAGACGCUGGAGGAACUUUCCCUGAUGGAAGGAACGGCCUCCAACGAGCUUCUCCGCGUCACCGUGCUCAACCUCCCAAAUCUGAAGAAAAUUUGCGCAAACUUUUACGGCCCAGACAAGAUCGUCCCGACAUUCCUGAGUCACCUGAUCCGCGUAGAGCACGUACAAAUCUGCGCCGAACAAGUUGUACUCGACUUGCGCAUCCCACUUAGCGCGAGCCUGAAAGAAUUUCACCUGACUCAUGCUGAAAUUAAGCACGGACUUGAAACCCUCACCACCUCAACGACCAUUCAGAAGCUGACCCUGGAAAAGUGCCACCUGGAAGAAAGCAUCGUUACGUCCAGCGUGCACAAACCCACCAACCUGAAGCACCUGACGCUGGUGGAGUGCGGAGCCUAUCCGGACACGAUCGAUCACAUCCUGAGCGGCCGUCCGUUGCUGGAAACGGUGCGGCUCGAACGCGUCGGUUCGGUCAGCAAAGAAAGUAUGGCGAGGCUGCUGCAUCAGUGCCCGAACCUGCGGGAGAUGGUCCUGACCAAAUGUUACGACUUUUGGGAUUCGGUAGAGGACGUCAUGGGCCAUUACUACAGCUCGUAUGGGGUGGUGGAAGGAUCAAGGCAGGUUAAGCUCGUCAUCGAGGAGUUUACCGAAGAUGAUGAGGAUAAUUGAGUUGUUGUUGUUCGUCG